AAGAGAGUUAAACAGCGUCCUUCUCGACACACGGAGACUGCAUUUAAGGGAUGUCCGGCCUCGGUCCCUGCCUUGGUAUCGAUUUUCCAGACUAAAGCUUGAAGAAAAUACUGCCGAGAUCUCUCUUAUAAGACAUGGAAAGGAAGUACCUCUGUCUGUGUGUUGGACUAUCGGUGGCGGUGAAACUUGUUUAACAUUUGAAGACGUAUUACCACUUAAUUUCCAAGAAGUUAUCUGUGCACUGGUUCCAUUGUGCCAAACAGUGCAACAUAUUAUCAUUGACUGUGAUAUGUUAGAUUGGUAUAUUCCUGCACAUGACACCAGACCUUUCAUUCCAAUGAGAUCAGUCCUCACCGUUUGCAUUCUCGGCAGCCAUUCUGGAUACCCAAUUGCACCACUCCUUUCGACUCUCAGUGGUUGUUUUCCAAAUGCAAAGAGUCUUGAGCUAUCUUGUUACUUGUUAACACGCACUCGAAAAUACCAUUCCGACCCCCAGAUGUCUUCCUGGAGACAGGUAAAAUUAGACUUGUGGAACGGAAACCCAAAAGACUACGUCUCUCUGGAGACCAUCUUCCUCUCACUUUCUUCUGCCUGUCAAAACAUAGAAUCACUCUUCAUCAAAAGCACUCAAACUCUCCAAUUGGACAAGUCAAGCAAAGACGUUAAAGAAUGUACAUUACCUAAUCUGACUGAUAUCCAUCUUGAAUGUCAUUGGCCUGACGAGCAUUAUUCACUUCAAUUCACAACAGAAUUACUACACGUAAGUCGUAGGGUGAGUCGUAGUUUGAAGUUUGUCGAAGUAGAAAGUGUACAGCUAGGAGAUGUAGUAAUGAAGAGUGUUGAAUGGUCCAGAACAUCUUCAGAUUCUUCGUUGCAAAUUGAAGGUGCAUCAGCGGCUGUACCCAUAAUUGACUUAAUUGAUCUUACAACUAGUGACCUUAAAGAGGUAACCGUCCUUACCUUUUACAGUUGCAAGAUUGAUUUCGGUCAGUCUGAAAGUAAGUCCCCGCAAAGUCCGAAGGAACUUGGUACACUGCGGGAAAUCAGGUUCGUUGGUUCAGAAAACCCACUUUCCGAAUCUGACAGGAACAAACUGUCGGAGUUGUAUCCUAAUGUCAAAGUGACAGAAAAUCAGACGAGUCAGGAAUCAUCUGAAGAAUCCCAGGAGGGUGCAGGGAUACCUUUCAAGUUGGAUAAGGCCUCCUCUCAACCACUCAAAACCUCUCCAAUAGUACCUGAUGAAGGAGAUGUCGAAACAACCAUGAAAGAGUGCUGCAAGAGAGUUGGAGCUGAUGGGGGCAAAAUUCAGCUAGAAUCCUUUGGGAUUGAACUUGAGAUACCUCCUGGUGCAAUUGACAGCAAAGAGCCACAAGAAAUCUCCCUUCGUGUUCUGACCUAUACUCCUAAUCUUGGUGACACCAAAGACGAGAUAUCAGUCUGCUUUGGUGUACAAUGCUUAGCUCCUGAUGACUUAAUUCUGAGGUCACCGGUGACUUACACAAUACCUCAUUGCGCUGUUGCAACACGGUACUCCAGUUUAGAGGCAGUCCUAUACUCAGGAGAGGGGAAAUACUCGCCACUUUUUGAUGCAGUUAUUAAAGAACGGAAAGUACUGUCACAAUCAGAAAUCCCCAGCUGCAAAAUCAGGAAGGACGUACUCGAACUCAAGAUGGAUCAUUUUUCGUGGGCGAAGAUUAAAAUCAUGAUCAAGAACUUCUUCUUUCGCGGAAAAAGGAUGUGCUUCGUGCCGUUUAAAGAGAAGAACUUGCCCUUGACAAAGACACCUCUUAUCUUACAUGCCAACUUUUAUGAUGAUGUGCAAGGGAACAAGGAGACGGUUAAGAGCGAUCAAGAGGAACUAGGAUACAAACCGGCUUAUGAUGAACAACAUGUGCUUAUUAAGAAGGCAGAAGUUGAUCUUAAGGUGACAUAUUGUGUGGACGGCAACGAAGAACGAAGUGCGAUCAUUUAUUUCUGUAGACUAAUACACCGACCCAAGAUUUGUGAACCCGUCAAAUUUGAUGUACCAAAUCAGCCAGAUAAUGUUCAAAUAUCCAUGAGAGCCGGACAAAGCAAGAAACUGGAGGUCAAUUGUUCAUUCAGAUUGGAUUUCCCAAUUCCUCAUAGAAAAGAGAACGUUCCUCCACAAGGAGUACAACACGGUGCAACAAGUUUACCGGCGCAGCAGACAUCAGAUGAAACCUUACGGAUCAAUCCAGCUCGAGAGAGGGACUUUGAUGACAUUCUAGAAACCGUUGCAGAAAAGGUUGCCUCACGUCAAGAUAUACAUGAUUUGGGAAAGGCUCUUGGCUUUGGACCAGAGGAUAUCGACCGUUAUGUUGAGGAGAACAAGAAAGAGACAGGCGUGUCGUGCAUGGGAACUCUUUCAAUGCUCCGACAACUGGAAGGUGCUACAGGUCAAACGCCACUUCAACAAACGGAAGCAACUCCAGAAUUACCUGGAAGAGAAGUGAUAGAUCGUGACAUCUCCAUGCUAGACAGACUCCUCCCUCGUGAAAAAUACAGUGAGCUAUGCCAGCAAUUGGGAUUCGCAUACAACUACACACAGAACAUAUUGGUCAAACAUCAACAGGACUCGAGGGCUGCUUUCGAAGAAGUAUUACAUGAAUGGAAGGAUAAAGGUGUAUCUAUUGUAGAUCUUGAUAGAUCUCUAAGGAACUCAGACCUCGGAGGACUCAUAUGUAAAUAUAAGAAAUGA